AUGAUACUCCAUGCAUACCUCUCUCUGUUUUCGACUUUAUUAUUCUUGACUCUGGGAUUGUGUUCAGCAAGGCACAUCUUACCGAGGACUUCAGCCGUCACCGAGCUCUCAGCCCAUGUCGAGCUUGCACAUGAGGGCAACCACUUUCUGCCACUGUCCGUAAAGGACGAAUCCGACUUGCUGGAUAUCGCCCUAGUUGCCUCCGUCGAUGGGAAGCUCCAUGCGCUUAACAGGACAUCUGGGGACACGCUGUGGUCAAUGGCAUCUACUCCAACUGACCCGGCGACCUUGGGUCCUCUAGUCCGUACCCAGCACCCGGACAUCGACUAUGAGACCACGGACGAGGACUCAAUAUACCAGGAGUUAUAUGUGAUUGAACCUCAGUCUGGAGAGAUAUAUGUUAUGUCCUCUGCGAACAGUCCGUUGCAGAGCCUACCGUUCUCGAUGUCUCAGCUCGUCGACAUGUCUCCCUACAGCUCUUCUGACGAUGAUUACCGGCGCGUGUUUGUGGGUAGGAAGGAGACAUCUUUGUUACUGAUUGAACUGGAGACGGGGCGGGUGAAGGCGACCAUCAGCUCAGAAUGCCCUUGGGAUCCGUAUGACGACGUAGAACCCUUCGUCGACUUAGACGAGCUAGAUGGAACGAAACCGCCCAGGGCGUCAUCGAAGCUGUCGGAAGUGUUCAUCGGCCGUACCGAUUACCACAUAUCAAUUCAUACGCGCCCACUUGGUUCGUCUUUAGCCAGGCCUCCUGUUCAGAAUCUUUCCUUUUCGACGUACGGUCCAAACAACCAGGACCAUGGGCUGCAGUCCCUUUACCGGUAUACGGCCGACCAUGCAUACAUUCAGCCGCUUCCAAACGGUGACAUCAUGUCAUUCCGCACCGGUAAUGGCGACAGGCACAUGUCAGACGUGGCGCCCAAGACACAGAUGCUAUGGGGGCAGACGUUUUCGAACCCGAUCGUCGCAGUAUUUGAUGUCUUGAAGUCUCCGAACCGCCAGCACCCAUUCGUGCUCUUGCAGCCGCGGCCUAGUCUGCAAGAUAUGUUGCCCGGCUUCGACCUCACCGAUGCUGCGAAACAUAACCAGCUGCCGAAUCUCGAUUCCGCGUACAUCGGUCUUGUGGAGGAGACGGACUCGCUCUUUGCAAUGAGCCCCGACCGUUACCCGCUCGUCGUGUUCGGCGACGUCGGGCAGACGCUGGAUCCGCCGCCGGGGCUGGAUUUCGACCCUGCCAGGGACCUUCCAUCUGACGUCGACUCUGUCAAGCACAUGGUAAAGCACCGCAAGCUACGUGAGCUGUGCAGGGUGGACAGCACGAAUCGCAGGUGUCUGACUGGCGUUAGGAGGCUCGAGUCGUCUAGCCGCUCGCGGCUGAGCAGGCUGCUUGACGGAGCGCCGUCCGUACCUCUUCCCCCAACCUACAAAGGUACCGCACAGGAGAUACCUGAUGUGACGAAUGUCCUCAACAAUGUCUCGAUAUCUCCUCCCUCGAUGCCGAACACCUUGGGCGCCGAUGGCCCGCCAUUGGUGGAAGAGGGUGGCGUCAACUUCAAUUUUAGCACCACGACACUGGGGUCAUUUGGUUUUGCGGUCUUUAUCCUUACCUUGUCAAUAGGUUAUCUGAAGGGUCUAUUUGGAAAGCCGUCAACAAGCCAGGUGAUUUCUCACGAGCGUGCUCCAGAGAAAGACAAGGCUGGCGAUAGCUCGGUCUCCGAUCCACCUGAAACAGAGCCUGAGAUACUACCAGUCCCUGCCAUUGAGGCACUCUCACAAGGUCCAGUUACUUUACUCUCGGCGAGGAGGGUCGUCUUCGUUCCAGAAACGGAGGAACCCAGACUACCUGCGACGAUUUCUGCUGAUUUCGCUGACGACGGUGCCGAUGGCGACGAGAGUGAGAGGGAAGGUGACGGUCCUGCUAUUGCAGGGAAACGCAAGGCGUUACGGAGAAAGCGAGGGAAGAAGAAGAAGGGAAUUACUACCAACGGUUCGGCUCAAGAUGCAGUACCUGAGGUGGAGGAGAAACACGCAGGGAAGACAGGCAAAGAUGGCCAGAAUGGCGAUGCGGCCCAGGUCGUCUCACCGUCCGCCAUCGUGUUGUCUCCAUCGCCAACGCCAGCACCAGUCGUGCCAUCUCUCAUAGUGUCGGACACCGUGCUAGGGUUUGGCUCCCAUGGCACAGUUGUCUUCAAGGGGUCACUGCAGGGUCGUGCGGUCGCCGUGAAGCGACUUCUUCAGGACUUUGUCACCCUGGCGGCUCGCGAAGUGACUGUACUGCAAGAGUCGGAUGAUCACCCCAACGUUAUCCGGUAUUAUUACCAGGAAUCGCAUGCGAACUUUCUCUACAUCGCGCUCGAGCUGUGUCCCGCCUCCUUGGCCGACGUGAUAGAGCGACCAGACGACUUCCCGGAGAUCGUCGCAUCGUUUGACCCGAAGCGUGCACUGCGGCAGAUCACGCUGGGACUCCGACACCUGCAUGCGCUAAAGAUCGUCCACCGGGAUAUCAAGCCGCAGAAUAUUCUCAUCUCAGACGCCAAGAAGGGCGUUGGUGAGAGCGCAGGCCACCGCAUGCUCAUAUCCGACUUUGGGCUGUGCAGGAAGCUAGAAAUGGAACAGACGAGUUUCUUACCGACAGCGCACGGGGCAAUGGCGGCUGGAACGGUCGGUUGGAGAGCUCCGGAGAUCUUGCGUGGGGAGGUGAAGUUGGAAGACACUGGGACAGACGACUCACAGUCAUCGCGAAGUUCUGUCGGUACUACGACCAGUGGUACGCCGACAGGGAAGUCGACGCGGUUGACGAAGUCGGUUGACAUCUUUGCCCUGGGAUGUCUGUAUUAUUAUGUGCUCACCAAUGGGUCGCAUCCAUUUGGCGAUCGGUUCGAGCGAGAGGUCAAUAUUUUGAAAAACUCAAAAUCGCUGGAGGGGUUGGAGCGUUUUGGAGAGGAAGGCUCCGAGGGCGUUGACCUUAUAUCCCAGAUGUUGAGUCCCGAAGCAUACCAUAGACCCGAUACCAGUACAUGUCUACUGCAUCCGUAUUUUUGGGAUCCUGGGAAGCGGUUGACAUUCCUGCAAGAUACAUCUGAUCGUUUUGAGAUUAUGUGCCGGGAUCCUAGAGAUCCCAACCUCAUCUCGCUAGAAACAGGCGCUGUCGACGUCGUAGGGAACGACUGGCAUUCUCGACUGGAUAGACUAUUCAUAGAGAACCUGGGCAAAUUCAGGAAGUAUGACGGGCGUUCAGUCCAGGAUCUUCUUCGUGCGCUUCGAAAUAAGAAACAUCAUUACCAAGAUCUACCCGGCAAUGUCAAGCGACUACUGGGAUCAAUGCCUGAAGGCUUCUUGUCGUACUUCACUCGGCGCUUCCCUGGUCUCUUACUGCACGUCCAUUCCGUCAUCUCCGGCUCGCCUCUGCGUGACGAGUCCAUGUUCCGCGCAUAUUUCAAUCUCACCGACUAA